AAAAGGGUCACCUGCAACUCACGUGCCUUCCGAACGAGAGAAUGGUACAAUCGAAAUUGCUGUUUAUUACGCACACAUUGGGAUAAACCCUCAAAAACCCCAUCAAAAGAACUCAGUCCCAGAAUACCUCACUUCAAAGUCUCUCUCAUGUGAUGCUAACAACAAAAAUGGAGGUUCCAAUCCCCUGCACGCAAAACCCUCUUCUCUUUUCUUCCACACCAAUCAUUAAAAACCCUCAAACCCUCACUUUCUUUCAACUCCCCACGAGGCGCAGGCUCAAAAUAAUAGCUUCUUCUGCCUCUGCCCAUCCCAGUGGGUCUGGCUCCAAUGGCUUCUCUUGGUUCAGCCUGGCUCGCUCUAUCCGGAUCGGGUCCGAGCAGUUCUUGUCCAAAUUCGGGGAGUCGGUUAAGAAGGAAACGGGGUUUGAUUUGGAUGAGGCCAAUCUGAGGGUGGGUGAGUUGGUUGGACGAGUUAAGGAUGGGUUCAGGAAAGGCAACGGUGAGUUCACUCGGUUCAGAACUGAGCUUGUUCCCGAGUUUGUUAGCUGGAACCGGUGGGAGCGUUGGAAGGAUUUCAAGAAUUGGGAGCCCAAACGGAUUACUGCAUUGAUCCUCUAUAUUUUUGUUGCAAUAAUUUCUUGUCAAAAAUUGUAUGCUGUCAUCCAAGCUCCUCAACUAGAUAGAGAAAGAAAACAAUUAACAGAGGCUUAUAUGGAGGCAUUGAUUCCUGAACCCUCUCCUAGUAAUAUGAGAAAGUUUAAGAAGAGUUUAUGGAGGAAGACAACACCCAGAGGCCUCAAAUUGAAGAAGUUCAUUGAAGGACCCAAUGGAAUGCUUAUUCAUGAUAGCUCUUAUGUUGGAGAAAAUGCAUGGGAUGAUGAUCCAGAGCCUUCUAAGGAGAAUGUGAAACAGAUUAUUGACAGUGAUGCGAGAUUAAAUGCAGAAGAAAAGGAGGAGCUAAGAAAAGACUUGGGCAUUCCAAGUGAAGUUCCAGAAAGUAUGGGAACAUGGCGUGAAAGGCUUCAAAAAUGGAAAGCGAUCCUCAGAAAGGAAGAGUUAUCUGAGCAAAUAGCUUCCAUAAAUGCCAAGUAUGUAGUUGAAUUUGACAUGAAAGAGGUGGAAAACAGCCUUCGCAAGGAUGUAGUUGAAAAGGUAACAGAAACACAGGGAACUAGAGCUCUAUGGAUAUCUAAGAGAUGGUGGCGCUAUCGUCCUAAACUUCCUUAUACUUAUUUUCUUCAAAAACUUGAAUCCUCUGAGGUUGCUGCUGUUGUCUUCACAGAGGACUUGAAAAGAUUGUAUGUAACAAUGAAAGAAGGCUUUCCAUUAGAAUAUAUUGUUGAUAUUCCUCUUAAUCCUCACUUAUUUGAGGUUAUCUCAAGUUCUGGAGCUGAAGUAGACCUCCUUCAGAAGCGACAGAUCCAUUACUUUCUGAAAGUUGUGAUUGCACUAGUUCCUGGAAUAUUAAUUUUAUGGCUUAUUAGGGAGUCUGCAAUGCUUCUCCAUGUCACCUCUAAGCGUUUUCUUUACAAAAAAUAUAACCAGCUAUUUGAUAUGGCUUAUGCGGAAAACUUAAUCCUGCCAGUUGGAAAUGUUGGUGAAAUAAAAUCCAUGUCUAAAGAAGUUGUAUUGGGAGGUGAUGUUUGGGAUCUUCUUGAUGAGCUGAUGAUUUAUCUGGGAAAUCCUAUGCAAUACUAUGAAAAAGGCGUUCAGUUUGUUAGGGGUGUUCUUCUCUUUGGACCUCCUGGGACAGGCAAAACACUUUUUGCGCGAACACUAGCAAAAAAAAGUGGGCUGCCUUUUGUUUUUGCUUCUGGUGCGGAGUUUAUGGAUAGUGAAAAAAGUGGUGCAGCUAGGAUCAAUGAGAUGUUUUCUACUGCAAGGAGAAAUGCACCUGCAUUUGUGUUUGUUGAUGAAAUCGAUGCAAUUGCUGGAAGGCAUGCAAGAAAAGAUCCGCGCAGAAGGGCAACAUUUGAAGCUCUCAUUGCUCAGCUUGAUGGGGAGAAGGAAAAAACCGGUGUUGAUCGAUUUUCACUCAAACAAUCAGUGAUAUUCAUCUGUGCUACCAAUAGGCCAGAUGAAUUGGACCUCGAAUUUGUUCGCCCUGGAUGCAUUGAUCGCCGUCUAUACAUUGGUUUGCCGGAUAUGAAGCAACGAGUGCAAAUAUUUGGUGUGCAUAGUGCAGGAAAGCAGCUAGCUGAAGAUGUGAACUUUGAACAGCUUGUAUUUCGCACAGUUGGUUUUUCUGGGGCAGAUAUCCAAAAUCUUGUCAAUGAAGCUGGAAUAAUGUCAGUGAGAAAAGGACAUUCCAAGAUCUUCCAGCAAGAUAUUAUUGAUGUGUUAGAUAAACAAUUGCUUGAAGGUAUGGGUGUACUCCUUACAGAAGAAGAGCAACAAAAAUGUGAAGCAAGUGUAUCUUUUGAAAAGAAGAGAUUUCUGGCUAUUCAUGAAGCUGGUCACAUAGUUUUAGCUCACUUGUUUCCUCAAUUUGAUUGGCAUGCAUUUUCUCAGCUCCUGCCUGGUGGCAAGGAAACUGCAAUAUCUGUAUUCUACCCACGUGAAGAAAUGGUAGACCAAGGUUAUACAACAUUUGGCUACAUGAAAAUGCAAAUGGUGGUAGCUCAUGGUGGGCGUUGUGCUGAACUUGUUGUGUUUGGUGAUGACAUAACUGAUGGUGGAAGGGAUGAUUUGGAAAAGAUAACAAAGAUUGCAAGGGAAAUGGUGAUCAGUCCGCAAAAUGCAAGGUUAGGGCUUACUCAACUAACAAAAAGACUGGGAAUGUUAGAUCGGCAAGAUAGCCCGGAUGGUGAAUUAAUAAAAUAUAGGUGGGAUGACCCUCAUGUAAUUCCUGCCAAUAUGACACUUGAAGUAUCUGAGCUGUUUACUCGAGAGUUGACAAGGUACAUUGAAGAGACGGAAGAGCUUGCAAUAAAUGCUUUGAAAGACAAUAGACACAUACUUGAUAUUAUUGCAAAGGAACUGUUGGAAAAGUCAAGGAUAACAGGAUUGGAAGUUGAAGAGAAAAUGAAGGGACUCUCUCCAGUGAUGUUUGAGGAUUUUGUCAAGCCACUCCAGAUCAACUUGGAUGAGGAGGGACCAUUGCCUCAUAACGAUCGCAUACGAUAUAAACCUCUGGACAUAUAUCCUGCUCCCCUUCACAGAUGUUAAUGGUCCUAGAUUUCGGGGACAAAUCCUGGCAUGUUGGUUGUUGGAUAUCAAGAGGCCAAAAGUCCUGCCCCACCUCCCAAAUUUCCAUAAUCAUAUCUCCUAAACUUGGGAUUUUUAUGGUUGCUUGAGUUAUCAUAUAUAAAGAGCUUUGCUUUGUCCCUCAUGAAAUCUUGCUAAUUAGGAUGUUCAUGGUCAUAAUAUAAUUAUUUUUUCUGAAGUAAGAUCAUUGAAGCUUUCAUAAAUGCUAGAUGAAUUCCAGUUAGAUUUUUCAUCAAUUUGGAACCUAGAUCACUAUAAGUGAGUGGAUGAUCCUGAUAUCCAUCGGCUAGCCAGCUCUAAACAGUUCAUUUCAACUAUUGAAGGAAAUCCAGGAAUGCAGCUGUGCUUCCUCCAAUGAGGCAAGCAAGCAUCAUAUUUACAUGUAUUAUUGUAGUGCAGCUUUGUUGUAAGUCUGUUGUUUAUCUGAAUUGGAAAAGGUAAAUUUUCUGGAAGGUUUUGUCUACUUGCAUUCAGAUUUAGUUGAGAAUCUUAUCCUGUAUAGUGUUUACAUGCAGAAAAAGAAAAUAUGAGAACUUGUAGAAGUCUAGGAUCUUUAAACUUGUUUAAUCCCUUGUUCUAGAACUGAGCCAGUAGCUUGAACACUAUUGUGAACAGUUAAAAACUGAUAUUUUAUAUUCAUGAUAUCUGAUCUUUUAGCUUUAUAAUUAGGAUUGCAUAUAAACAUAUCCGUGGAAGAUGAUUGGCGUAUAUCUAGAUGCAGUUUUGAAAGCAUCAACAAUGCUUUAGAUUACUGUGACGAUGUUCAAACUAAAGCAUUGACUAGGUUAAAGGAACAGCUGAAACGUGAUUUAAAGAUUCCUCAGAAUUGAGAAGAAGCUUUUUCCUAUGUCAUGAAAGCAUGAGAAGACUUUAUUAAAUGGCUUGGUAAAGCAGUUUUUGUCUGGUGAAUUGAUUACUU